AUGGAGCAACAAAGGCGAUACCGCGACGUAUGUCGUGAUAGCUUUAUGCGGGCCACCGACAAGCUACGGGUUUUAUUAACUAAAACUCCUAUAGAUAGUGUUGCGUUGAAGGUGGCGGUUGAAAUGCUGCGGCUUAAGCAUUCAACUUUACAAAAAGCCGACGAUGAAAUAACAACGCUGUUGAUGGGUGAGGCGGCCGACAGAGACGUCCUGGGAGCCGAACAAGCUACUUGCGCAGAAUUCAUGGAACAGUUCCUUGAGUUACAGCAGCAGGUGAGCGACCUAACCUCCAAGCCAUCGACAGCAGCCGUUCCUUCCAGUGGCAUCGGUAACAAUGGGGUAAAUCUUUACAACAUACAAGACUCGUUAAAAUCGCGGUACGGUCGAGAGGACUUGUUAAUCGAAGUUUAUGUACGCGAAUUGUUGAAGUUGAUUAUUCAGAACGCGACUUCGACGCGAGAAAUUGACUUAGUAUCUCUCUACGAUAAAUUGGAAACUCAGUUGAGAGCGCUGGAGACGCUAGGCGUAACCACCGAGAAGGCCGCGAACGCGUCUAUAGCAAAUUUAUCAGAUGCAAUUCAGCGUGAAGAGAUAAAACCUGCUAGGCGUUUAGCCAAUUUAAUGGCCUUCCUAAAAAGAGAAGUAGAGGGCGAGGAGCGCAUUGCACUCGCUGCUGAGGGUUUUGGUAUCUCUUCGGGAGGGAAAGCUAGCGUACGUAAACAAUCCGGGAAUGACUCGUACUGUAGAUUAAGUCCUACGUUUAAGAAAAAGGUGAUAUCGCAAAACGCUGAACCGAUAGCGACAGCCGCGGGGUUAGUAGUCCAAGAUGGUUUGAGCUGUGUUUUUUGCGAUAAAAAUCACGAAAGUACAAUGUGUGUUAAAGCUCAAAAUUUUUCGCUAGAACAGCGCAAAGAUAUAGUAAAAAAGAAAGGGGCAUGUUUUCGAUGCCUGCGGGGUGGUCAUAGCGUCAAGAGAUGCCGCGCCACCGUAAAAUGCAUUAUUUGUAAAAAGGAGCACGUACCCUUAAUGUGUUCUACAUUAACGGAUCCGCAAGUAGGAUCGAAACCAGAAGCAAAUAAUGCGCAUGACAAAUCGAAAGCGGCUAAUCUAUCUGAGAAAGCCAAAUCUGAGGAUCUCGCGAAUUUCACGUCAAGCCACGUUUUUCUGCAAACUUUUAGAGUCAAUAUUCGACAUAACGGUGGCGAACGUGACCUGCGAGUACUAAUCGACUAUAUACUAAAAAGCACCAGCGACGCGUUAGGUCUCGAAGUAAAAAGACGCGCGGCGAUAGCGCAUGGGUUGUUUGGUGGAACAACAGUAGAACAUAAUCAUUCUUGUUACGACGUUACGUUGGUAAAGGGAGAUUACUCCCGUACAGUAGAGGUAUUGGAUCAACCGACUAUUUGUCAUCCUAUUCCGCCGGUAUUUUAUGGACCGUGGAUUAAGGAGUUGAAACGUAUUGGGAUUUCCUUGUCUGAUGUAAAAGAUUCCUCGCCGAUAGAAAUACUUCUAGGCGCAGACGUGGCAGGUCAUAUUUACACAGGAAAGAGGGAAGUUUUAGAAUGUGGAAUGGUAGCGGUUGAAACUGUAUUCGGAUGGACGCUCAUGGGAAAAAUAGACAGCCAGCGAUUUAAAUCAAACAUGGAAAUAUCUUGUCUAGUUUCUGACUAA